AUGUCUAUCCCUUCUUGCUCCAUUUGCUCUGUUUGCUUUGUUUUCCAAUCUCCAGGACUGCUUUGUGCAUCAUGCAAAUCGAUUUCCUAUUGUUCUUCAAAAUGUCAGAAACUGGACUGGUUUCUCCACAAAGUUCUUUGUAAAGAUUUCGCUUCACUUGCCCCACGCCCUUCAGACGACCAUAGACUUGCAUUUUAUUUCCCAUUAGACUCCGAUAAACCGAAGCUGCAAUGGGUUUGGCGCCCAAGAACUCGCCAUCCAGAGGGUGGUGAAAACAUAAUCGAGCUUCCAAACGUGGAGGUGCUUCUCAGAGCCCGGGAUCACACGGAAACGAUACAGAUCAAGAUUCCUCUUGACAGUCGAAGAUCAGCCGAGGAUCAUACAUUGACAAUCUUCUGUCAUCGAGGCUAUUUGUCUGAUGGCGCGGACCUCAACCAAAGUGUCAUCUAUAUGAUUGCGAGAAAUAAGUGGCCAUGGACCGGACCUUUGCUCGUACUUCGAGAAGAUCAUCCUGAUUGUUACUCAACUAGCUCGGAUGUUGUUUCGGCAGACUUUCGCGUCGUUAUACAAUUCUUGAAAGACCGAUGUAAAUAUCAGCAAGAAGAAAUAAAGGAUCCCGAGUCGCCACAGGGCAUUGUGCUUAGAUGUAUGGGUGAUGUGUCCCUAGUACAAGGAAUAUUCUCAACGGCAGUCCUCAGAAUUUCUGCCUCUGACCCGAUUCAUGAAUUGGAACCUACGAAUGUCUCGAGACAGAUGGAGCUUCCACUGCUCAUAAGAAAGUAUCCUCGAGAAGGGAGUAGGUACCACGACCUUCACGAAAUUUGGUUCGAAAACGAAAGUGGUGCUGCGCUAAAUCUUGAUAUUCGUCCUGAUAGUGAGACGUGGGGAAAAGCACUUCCUGAAUGGCAAAAGGAUCCUGGAACUAUUAUGGUGAUGAGGCAGGACAGACGAGAUAUUACCAUGGAGCAAGUCUCAGCCAUUGUAGAAUUCCUAAAAUGCAGAGCUGAAACUAUGAAUAAAGUUGUGAUGGAUCGCCUGGCGAGAGAACAAUUCGUUCGGCACACUUUCACCAAGGAGUGUUUCGAGAAAUUUUUGUUCGAUGUAUUCAUACCCGCAUUGUUAGAUGGAAGCGCUGGUUUCAUUUAUAGAAAGCUGAAGUCUCCUUAUAGCAAUUGA